AUGGGGGGAGUAAGCAUUACACCUCAAAUCGGAGUUGAUGAGUGUAAUGAAGACUUGUUGAUGGAUCUGGAUGGGAUAGUGGUGAUGAGUGAAGUGUCACUGACGGAUCUGGACGGAAUAGAAGUGAUAAAUGAAGUCUUCCUGAUAGAGCUGGAUGGAAUAGAGGCACUUAGCGACUUAUUGCUGAUGAAUCUGGAUGGAAUAGGCGUGAUCGUUGAAGUCUUGCUGAUAGAUCUGGAUGGGAUAGUGGUGAUAAGUGAAGCCUUGCUGAUGGAUCUGGAUGGGAUAGGAGUGAUCGUUGAAGUCUUGCUGAUGGAUCUGGAUGGGAUAGUGGACAAGGUCCUCGAAUUGCUCGAAUUCAAUUAA